UCACCACCCAACUUGUUUGGUUUUUCUCUUUCUAUCUUGACAAAAACAAACCAAUGUUUCUUCUUCCUAACUGAUUCUUACUGAUUUCAAAGUUCUUAUCGAGAUGGCGAGGAGCAGACUGGUCAUUGGUCAUGGGAUAUGGAAGUACUUCAACUCUGCUUAUAAUCUUGGAAGGACUAUGCGUCUAGCUUUGCUUUUCAUCCUCUUCAUCUCUGUUUCCAUGGUCGUUUGGGACCGUCAAACGCGUGGCCGAGAUCACGAGUUUGAAGUUUCUAAGUUAAAUAAACAAGUCUUGCGGUUGCAGCUGAUGCUGGGAGAUGUAAAAAGUGUCAAGGAAGAUUUAACUAUGAGGACACUGAAGAACGUCAAGGAAGAUCCAGUUGAUGCUCAACGAAUGCAGAGAGUAAAAGAAGCAAUGGUUCAUGCUUGGAGUUCAUAUGAAAAGUAUGCUUGGGGAAAAGACGAGCUUCAGCCACAGACAAAAGAUGGCGUUGAUAGCUUUGGUGGCCUAGGAGCGACUAUAAUAGAUGCAUUAGACACACUCUAUAUAAUGGGUUUACACAAGCAGUUUAAGAAAGCCAGAGAGUGGGUUGCAACAUCAUUAGAUUUCAACAAGGACUAUAACGCCAGUAUGUUUGAGACAACCAUAAGAAUGGUGGGAGGGCUUCUCAGCUCGUAUGAUCUUUCAGGGGAUAAAAUUUUCCUUGAAAAGGCUAAGGAUAUAGCUGACAGAUUAUUGCCGGCAUGGGACUCUCCUUCAGGUAUACCAUAUAAUAUUAUCAACUUGAGACAUGGAAACGCUCACAACCCUACAUGGACAGGGGGAGAUAGUAAUCUUGCAGAAUCUGGAACUGAACACCUCGAGUUUAUUGCCCUUUCUCAGAGGACAGGGGACCCUAAAUAUCAGCAAAAGGUAGAAAAGGUUAUUUCAGUACUAAAUAAGAAUUACUCUGCUGAUGGUUUACUUCCACUCUAUAUAAAUCCUGAAACAGCUGAACCAUCAUACUCAACCAUAACAUUUGGUGGAGGGGGAGACAGAGAUAUGUGGGAGAAAUCAAUGAAUGGUUUGGUAAGCUUGAUCAAGAAAUCAACACCUUCUUCCUUUACAUAUAUCUGUGAGAAGAGUGGAAGUUUUUUGAUUGAUAAGAUGGAUGAAUUGGCUUGCUUUGCUCCUGGAAUGUUGGCUUUAGGAUCAUCUGGGUAUAAUGAUCCUGCUCAUGCAAAGAAGUUUCUCUCCCUUGCUGAAGAGCUUGCAUGGACAUGCUAUAACUUUUACGAAUCAACACCAACAAAACUAGCUGGAGAGACUUAUGUCUUCAACUCUGGAAGUGAUAUGAGUGUUGGGACGUCUUCGAACAUCUUGAGACCAGAGACUGUUGAAUCAUUGUUUUACCUCUGGAGGUUAACUGGUAACAAGACAUAUCAAGAUUGGGGAUGGAAUAUAUUUGAAGCUAUUGAGAAAAACUCGCGCAUAGAGACUGGAUAUGUCGGUUUGAAAGAUGUUAAUACGGGAGUUAAGGACAACAAGAUGCAGAGUUUCUUCCUUGCUGAGACGCUUAAGUAUCUCUAUCUCCUCUUCUCGCCCACAACGGUUAUUUCUUUGGACGAGUGGGUGUUCAACACAGAAGCUCAUCCACUAAAGAUCGUGCCCUGGAAGGAUCAGGUGACUCGUGGACGAUCCAACAGUGUCCAGCAACACAAUCCAGCAGUUACAUUACGCCAGGGGCGCUUAGUUCGGAUGAAACAUAAGUAA